UUUACAAUGUCCAUCAUACAUAAUACCAGCUGUUCUGAACCAUCUUUCACAAACAGAUUUUGCCACCUUCAAAACAUUAUUCAUACCCUCUUCCACUUCACAGGCAUGCCUCUAAUCUGCUGAAGAGAAUAUGGAAGUGCUUGUUUAUUUAGACACCAUAUUGGUCACCUUGAGCCUCUUCCUUCUAAUAAGUUACCAUGCAUAUUUAUGGCAUACCUUCAAGACCAAGCCAUCUCAUACAACCAUUGGAAUUGACUCAAUCAGAAGAAGAACAUGGUUUCUAGAAAUUAAGGAGAGUGAUGGUUUGAAGGCUAUGCUGGCAGUCCAAAGCUUGAGAAACACUCAAAUGGUGGCAAUAUUCACAGCUUCAAUAGCAAUUGCCUUUAGCUUGGCCUUGGCUGCUCUGACCAACAAUGCCUACAAUGCAAGCCACCUCUUAAUCGAAAGCCCCCUUUUCGGUUCACAGUCUGGAAGAAUGUUUGCUCUCAAGUAUGGCUUUGCCUCAGUUAUCUUGCUGUUUAGUUCAUUAUGCAGCUCUAUGGCCACCGUGUUCUUCAUUGACACCAUUUUUCUCAUCAACGCUUCUGCUGAGUUCUCAUCUUCUGGAAUUACACAAACACUAUUUGAAAGAGGAUACAUGUUGGCUCUCAUAGGCCACAGGUUGCUCUGUAUCUCAUUUCCCCUUAUGUUGUGGUUGUUUGGUCCAGUGCCUGUGGCAUUGUCGUCCCUGGCCUUGGUUUGGUGGCUCUCUGAGCUUGAUUUUGUUGGGAAAUUCAACAAAAGCAAUAGGCAAAGUCUCAGUUGAGGAACAAGUUAAGAAAGCAAUGCAGAUGCAUGUAUAUUUUUAUAAUUAUAGUCGAACUCUAAGUUAACUCAUCAGGUGAUUAUAUAUAACCGUCACUUGUUUUAUAUAAUUAUGUUCAU